CAAUACUUGAUAUUCUAGAAUACCUUUUACAAUCACUGAGCACUGCAUCAAAUAUUGAAAUAAACAAUAGCAUUAUGAGAGAGAUUAUUGCCAUUCAAGCUCAGAUUGAUAUGACCAGUGCACAGUUUUACCAGAUAUUUUCACUGAUAAUAUUGCUUAGAUGUGGUUCAGACUUUCUAAGUCUACUUGUUACUACUUACUGGAUUAAAUGUUACGAGUUUGGAGAUAAUUUUAUUGGUACUCUGCUCUAUGUAACGCAAUGGAUAUGGUCCUUGGCAGUGAUUCAUAAACUUUUAAUGAUGAUAGGGAUAACUUGUGGAACGAGUGAAAUGAGUAAACUUGCUGUGGAGAAUAUUUAUGACAUACAAACAAGAAUUGGCCGUAAAAAUUUACCAUACAAGAGCAUGGAAUUGUUUCUGUUGAAAUCCAAACUGAACGAACUGAAAUUUUCUGUCUGUGGCUUCUUCCCCCUUGAUUGGACAUUGAUUUAUUCGAUGGUAGCUGGGAUAACAACAUAUUUGGUUUAUUUGAUUCAAUUCAGAGAAAUGGAGCAGAGUAGAUCGAGCUCUCAAUGAAGUUCGAGCAUGGUCCUCCUCCGAUAAAAAAUUGGAAGUAUGAAAAUAACAUUGAGUAAUAAUUUAUUAUAUUUGAAAAAAAUAUUUUCAACUUAU